AAUUCUCUAUUCAAUUUUGCAUUUUGCUCUUGUUGUACUCUGAGACGACCUAGGGUUUUGCUUUCUUGGGAGAAAGAAGAAGAUGAUCGAGGUGGUGCUGAAUGAUCGGUUGGGGAAGAAGGUCAGAGUGAAAUGCAACGAAGAUGACACCAUAGGUGACUUGAAGAAGCUUGUGGCUGCCCAGACUGGGACUAGAGCUGAGAAGAUUCGGAUUCAAAAAUGGUACAAUAUUUACAAGGAUCAUAUUACUCUCAAGGAUUAUGAAAUCCACGACGGCAUGGGCCUCGAACUCUACUACAAUUAGUUAAUGCAGGCAUGGAAAGCCAUGCGAUGUGCUCUGCUACCACUCUCUGAGCUCAAUGUUGUCGUGUGGCGUUGCCUGUGUAAUUUGUGUAACAUAAGACGCAUAUAUUGAUGACUGUUUCAGAAUAAAACUCAAUUGGGGAUUUCAAUGUAAUACAUAUACAAUCAAACUGCUUGUUCGGUGAUAUUAUAUUAUGUUGUAACUUCAUUUAA